AUGUCAGAUACUGCAGGAGCAGCCAUUGUUCCACUUUCUAAGGGGUUCGGAUAUGGCAUUAUCCUGGGCCUCGGGUUCGCUUUCGCGCUGGGCAUGAUUGGGACGACAUGGGCGCUCAAGAGAUAUCACGGAGAAGUCCAAACCUCCGAAGAAUUCUCGACGGCAGGGAGAACCGUCAAAUCCGGUCUCGUCGCUGCGGCUGUCGUAUCCAGCUGGACAUGGGCUGCUACCUUGCUUCAGUCUUCGGGUGUGGCUUAUUCGUAUGGAGUCUCUGGGCCGUUCUGGUACGCCUCGGGAGCCACUGUGCAGAUCCUGCUCUUUGCAACUUUGGCCAUCGAAUUGAAGAGGCGUGCACCCAAUGCCCAUACGUUUCUAGAAGUGAUCAAGGCCAGAUAUGGUGUUGUGACACAUAUUGUCUUCCUGAUUUUCGGUCUCAUGACGAACAUCCUUGUGACAGCUAUGCUUUUGACUGGUGGGAGCGCGGUGGCGAGCUCUCUUUGUGGAGUUCCCACCGCCGCUGCCUGCUUCCUCCUCCCUGUGGGUGUCGUCUUGUAUACAAUGUUCGGCGGAAUUAAGGCCACUUUUCUCACGGACUAUGUGCAUACGGUUAUUAUCUUGGUUAUUAUCUUUGUCUUCGCGUUCAGCGCCUACGCCACGAAUGAGGUUGCAGGCUCUCCAGGCAAGGUUUGGGAACUACUUGUUGAUGCCGCUAAACGACAUCCCGUCUCAGGGAACAAGGACGGUAGCUAUCUGACGAUGCGAAGUCAAGAAGGAGCCAUCUUUUUCGUGAUCAAUAUCGUCGGAAAUUUUGGGACUGUCUUCUUGGACAACGGCUAUUACAACAAAGCCAUCGCCGCCUCUCCAGUCGACGCAUUGCCCGGAUAUGUCAUGGGCGGUCUCUCGUGGUUCGCAAUCCCCUGGCUUUGUGCUACGACGAUGGGUCUUGCGGCUCUGGCCCUGGAAAACAACCCCGUCUUCCCAACCUACCCGAACCGCAUGUCCCACGCCGAUGUCAGUGCAGGAUUGGUGCUCCCCUACGCCGCCGUUGCCCUUCUUGGAAAAGGGGGAGCCGCCGCAACCCUUCUCCUAGUUUUCAUGGCCGUGACUUCAGCCUCGUCUGCAGAACUAAUUGCGGUUUCAUCGAUUUGGACAUACGAUAUCUACCAGACAUACAUCAACCCCAAGGCCUCAGGGAAGUUCUUGAUCCGAAUGUCCCACGCCGCCUGCGUUGUUUACGCUAUUUGUCUGGCUGCCUUUUCGACUGGAUUGUUCUACGCUGGUGUUAGCAUGGGCUACCUCUACCUCCUUAUGGGUUGUAUCAUCAGCAGUGCGGUCAUCCCAGCAACACUGGCACUAAUGUGGAAAGACCAAAAUUGGCAAGCCGCUGCCGGCGCUCCGGUGUUGGGCUUCGCCUGCGCCUUGAUCGCCUGGCUCGUCACCGCCAAAAGGGAAUGCGGCGUCCUUAACGUCGACUGCACGGGCUCCAACAAUCCCAUGUUGGCAGGCAACGUAACCGCGCUGCUCAGCCCGCUCGUCUUCGUGCCUGUUCUCACUUUCGCAUUCGGUCGCCAGAACUACAACUGGGAAUCCAUGAAGGCGAUCCGCAAGGGCGAUGAUUCGGAGAUCAUCCGUCGCGCCAGCGUCGACACGGAGAUCCAACGCGAGAUCGCCGCGAGGACAGCCGAGCAGGAAGCCGCCGAGCAGACCAAGUUGAACAAAGCGGCCAUCAUCUCGAGGAGUUUGACCGGGUUCAUGACCAUUGCGUUGUUGGUGCUGUGGCCCAUGCCCAUGUAUGGGACCGGGUACAUCUUUUCCAAGAAAUUCUUUACCGGCUGGGUCGUGGUCGGCAUCCUCUGGCUCUUCUGCAGCACCUUCUGCGUGGGGCUGUUCCCGCUCUGGCAGGGGCGCAAGACCAUGGGGCACACGGUCAAAUCCAUCAUUCUGGACGUCACGGGCAAGAAGGGGCCCGCUUUGCACGGACGCCCUGCCGAGGUGGUCGAGGGCGAGGUCGGCGAGGAGUCGAGUGGCCAGCAGACGCCGGAUGGUGGAGAGAAGGUCGUUGUCAAGGGCGAGUGA